AUGUUUUUGUUAGAUAUUAGAGAAUGGAGACAUCUCACAGGAUUUUAUCACCAUAAAAUUGUGACUGGAAAAUUUAUUAAACAGAAAUUAGACGAUAGUGAAAAUAGACAUAAAGCAAAUAAUUUGAUUUUUUAUGGUAUUAAAGAGGGUGAAAAUAAUGUUGAAAAUAGUGAGUCUGUUAUCAGAGAAGUAUUCAAGGAGUUACCUGAGGCGACGGUAAACAGCGAGGAGGUGUAUUCGUCCUUGUCAAUUCAUUACUUACGCCCGGUGUUUCCCGAAAUCAAUGACGGAUUUCAAGAAUCAGUCUUUCUCAAGUUUGAUAUAGAAUACUUUGGAUACGAGCACACGGUUAUCUAUGGGACCCUGUAUGUAGCACCGGAAUACUCGAAAAUUCAUGGUACGGAAUUUGGUAUAGCGGACAUAGACGAUAAACUCUUACUUAUCGAAGCGGAUUAUCCAAGAAGUGAUUUUAUUCUAAUGGGGGAUUUUAACGCCAGAACAGGUAAUGGUGAAUUUGACGACUGUCUUGUUGAUGAUUCUAUUUCGUAUCUCACUGGAUUAAAAAACGCUGACUACAGAACUGACCCCUUCAAUGUAGGAAGACAUUCUAAAGAUAAUGAACUUAACAAUUUCGGCAAAGAACUUCUUAGAAUAUGUGCAACGUUUAAUAGACAUAUUGUUAAUGGCAGAGUAGAAAAUGAUAGGUUGGGCGAAUCUACUUGUAUUAAGUAUAAUGGAGCUUCAGUAGUUGAUUAUGUAAUUGUAUCUUCAGAUCUUUUUAAAUGUGUUACCUCCUUUAAUAUAGAUUGUAAAACCGAGUCGGAUCAUAUGCCAUUAAGCUUUGAAAUGUCAUGCAAACUUACACAAAAUUCCAGUGAAGCUCCUAGUGAAUGCUUACAACCUUACUCUAAAUUAGUCUGGAAGGAAGAUAGGGCUGAUAUAUACAAUAGUAGAAUAUCAGAAAAUAUCAAUGACUUUGUGUCAAUCUUCCAAACUAUCUUGUCUAAAGAUAUUGAAAGUGCUUUAAAUGAGUUUCAAUCCUUUAUAUACAAAUGUGCAUAUGAUUUCAAAUCCAAAAGUAUCGUAAAUUACUCAAAAAAACAACAACCACCCUGGAUUGAUUAUCAAUGUUUAACUCUCAAACAGAAUAAAUCUAAACUUUUGCAACAAUUUAGAAAAUCAAACAAGGUUGAACAUUUAGUCACAUAUAAAAACAUAUGUAAGCAUAAGAAAGUUUCGUAUCCAGAUCAGGUAUACAGUGAUCUUUGUAAUAAUUUACAAGAUCCAAAUCAAUUUUGGAAAACUUUAAAAUCCUAUAAACCUAGAAACGAAAUAUCCCCUAACAUAUCACCAGAAGAAUGA